AUGCAAUUUACCACGACUAAAUAUUUUACUGAUCAGAAAAUAUUCACCAUUCAUAUUAAUAAGAAUGUGUAUAUAGGAGGAACAUCUACAUGUCUGCUAGAUGUAACAGUUAAUAAAAUUUUAUAUAAACAUAAUAAAUCUGUAACACAUAUAUCUAGUAGUAGAAAAUAUUUAACAAGUAGUAGUUAUGAUUGUACUGCCUCUAUAUUUCUUCUAAACGCCAAAGAACUAGAGGAUGUCAUAGAAGGCCCAGAUACAGAGAUAAAAUGUAUUAGUAUUGAUCCUCUAAAUAAAUGGAUAGCUUUAGCUACAAGAGGUAAAUCUGUUUGGGUGUGUCGAAUUGGUGAAAAUAUAGAAAUAAAUAAUAUACUAGAAGAUCACACUGAAGAUGUAAAAGGAUGUCUUUUCCAUGAAGAUAUGCUUUUUUCAUUCGGAUAUGAUAAUUCUAUUAAAUGUUACAAAUAUUUUAAAAUGGAUGAAAGUUGGGAGAUGGUCCAAAGUAUUAGUGAGAAUGAUACUGUUUGGAAUCUGGCAUUUAUUGAUGAAAAAAUGUUUUCUUGUAAUGGACAAGGGGAAGUAUCUCUAUACAUUCUUGAUAAAGGAUGGACAAUUGUCAGAAAAAAGAAAUUGAGUAAUUUACCUAUAUUUGCUUUAUGCGCAUAUAAAAAUAUGAUUAUUUGUGGAAUAGGUUUUGGAAAUUUAAUUUUUAUGAAUACAGAUCUAGAGGUGGUUUAUGUUAUUAAUAAACUACAUGACAAUUUCAUAAACUGUAUCUAUUGGUCUGAAGAAGAUGAUAUGAUAGGCACUUGCAGUGAUGAUAUGACAUAUUGUCUAAUAAGUGAAAAAAAAUAUUUAUAA